AUGGUUGAUUCAUUGCGGAGCGCUCAGCCUGAGUUGAAGAAGAUUCAUGAAAUUUUAGACACUCCGACUUCUACUUCUACUCGACGAAAACAAAGCCCUAAGUCCUUAAUUAAAAGAGACCAGAGGGUGCCUAAUAACAUAACAAUCAACCGUGGCAAAAGAGAUGACAAAAUUGUGACUUCAAGUAGUGCAAUUGUUGUCCCAAGAAUAAAGCAAACACCUAAAACAUUUCUUGAGAAGGCAUCUGAGGCUUCAGCACCAAUCGUAAUCAACAAGCAGGCUGAGCUUCUUUCUCAAACAGAAGAAGUCAAGACUUCUCCUGUUAAGGAGAAGAAAGAGUCCAAGUUUAUGAAGAGGUUUAUGAACAGACUUCCCAAGAACAGUGGUAAGAUUGAGGAUGCAGGAGAGUUCCAAUGGAUUCACAGACCUACCUGUGAGAUUGACCUUGCUCAUAGCGAGCAACUCUACUUACAGUUAAAAAGUUGGACUAAGAACUUAAAAGAGCUCAUAACCCGGCUCUCCAAGAUGCAAGAAGGUAUGAAGGGAGAAAUAAAGUAUUGGACUGAACUUUCCAAUAUUCUUGAUGCAGCUGGAAGGGAAUGUAAAUCUUCAUUUAUUGAAUCUACUCUUCAAGUUAUCCAGGAGGCUCAUCUCAGGGAUGCUAAAGAGUUUAGAUAUUACAGAGAGAAAAUUUGGGCAGCAAUGAAGGAAGCUAAGUGGAAUAAUAAAUACCUCCUGUCACUAAAGUCUGUAGAUAAGCUUUACUCUGGAGAUUGGAAACAAAUAGCAGAAUCGAUCGAGGGUCUUAUGGGGUCCAUAAAAAGUAUAUACGAGAAGUCUAAUUUCUACAAAGAGGUGAGGAUCGUUAACUUCCUUGACCAUAUGUACCAACAUCUACUAACAAAGAUGAAAGGGGAGUUCAAAAUUUCUAAAAUAAUGACAUGUUCUGGAAACAUUCAGCAGGUGAACCAAACUUUAGAUUAUUGAAAAAUUACUAAUAAAGAAUUUGAGCAGGGAUUUUUCUUAAAAGAUUUAAUGAUGUCUCAAAAACCUUCAAAGCACAGCUUCAUGAGAACAAUGACUGCAUUAGGGAAAGGACUUAAAUCUAUUGAUAAUUCAAUGAGCUCUACUCAGACAAGUUUUAACAAGAUCAAGUUAAAUAGCGAGAAGGCUAAAUUUAAAGCUCAUAUAGAAGAUGUCGAGAAAUUUUCUAACAGCACUCACAAAGAUUUUACUCAGCUGAUCCGCCCGGCAACCGCUAUCGGAGGCUACCAUGAAAUUGGUGGUUCUACUGGGUCUUCCGGAGGUUUUACAGACGAUAUGACACGUCCUAAUUCGUCUUGGAAAAGAGCUAGAAUGAUAAAACCUUCUGAAAUGCUUCAGAAAAAGGGGAGUACAAAGCUAAAAGAUACUUUCUGGUUCGAAAGAGCCGAGAAGAUCCUCAUGGAGGUAGAAAAUACCUCUAAAAUCCUUGACAAUGUGGACUACAUGUGAAAUAUGGUAUAUAAACUAGAGGAAGAAUUCAUUCCGCAUUUGAAAGAAAUAAGGUCGAUUGAGGCAAAGAAAUUGAUUAAGAAAAUACAGUCAUUAAUCUCGAUAUACCAACUUACACCAAUCGAUUUUGAACUAUUCAACCAUAGAUCAUUUUCUUUGUUUGAAUGAUAUGUCGAAGGAUUUGAAACUAAAGUUAAAAACCUUGAAGCAGAAUAUAACAUCAUCACCAAUGAACAAAGCGACAUCAUGUUUAUCAACCAACAAGAAGACACAAAAGAGAGAGAAGCUUCAGAUGAAGACCUUGGAGGCUUUGGCCUUGGUCAAAAUGACAUCGUAGCCACAAGUUGGAAUAUAAGUUAA